UAUCAACAAUGAAUCACAUCGUGAACCUUUUAGGGUUGUGCUACCUUAUCUUUGGUUAUGCUCAGGCGAACAUAAGUGGGACCAGUCCGCCCAAUGGAGCUUGCCUUUGUGUCAACGCUAGAGUCCUCAAUGUGAGAGCAACUGCAUGCGGCACGCGUCUUGCUAGGACAUCUACCGGUGAUUGCUUUACUUACAAGGGGAACAACCAAUACUGUAACAUUGGCUCAACAAGGCAUCAUUUCUUCAACUUUGACUUCAAUGGGAGGGACGGCUGGGCAGCAGGACAGUUUCUAACUAUUGGAACAGCCGCCCAAUGUAGACGCACCCCUCCACCACGUGGAGACUGUUCCCAAGUUGAAAUUAUUCCCCGUUCAUCUUGGCGAGCGCGUGCCCCUCGCCGGCGAACGGCCAUCAGACGCCCUCCCCCAAUGCUGUUUAUUCACCACACCGCGGGUGCCUUUUGUAGCGACCAGGCAUCUUGUAGUCUCCAGAUGAGACGGAUUCAGAACUUCCAUAUCGAUGGACGAGGAUGGAGUGAUAUCGCAUAUAACUUCCUCAUCGGAGAAGACGGCAGGGUUUACGAGGGACGUGGAUGGACUACUGUCCCCGGGGCCACACGAGCUUAUAACAGUCGGAGUCUCGCUUUCUGUAUGCUUGGAAACUUCCAAACUAGACCUCCAAAUGCAGCGGCUAUAUCAGCUGUGAGAAAUCUGAUAGCCUGCGCAAAGACUCGGGGACGGUUGGCAAACAAUUUUGAAAUGUUUGGACAUAGGGACGCUGGAUGUACUGCCUGUCCAGUGAAAUCUGCAGAUUGGGUCGACUCAUCCUGUGAGCAAAUCCUCCUUGAACAAAUGGCAGCCGAAAUGAGUCCAAAGUUUAAGGGGAGGAUAAUUUGUUUCGUUACUGGUGCAAGUCAAGGUCUUGGACGAAGUAUCAUAUUGUCAAUUGCACCUCGUUUACCUGAUGGAUCUGUUGUUUUACUGCACGGUAGAAAUAAGGACAGGCUGGAGGCGCUCUCUGGUGAACUUGUUGCAACGUACCAACAUCUCAGCAUUCGACUUGUGAUGGCAGAUUUAUCGACAAGUGAACACUUGAGUGACAUCUAUGAAUCGUUUGAGAAAUUAAAAGCAUCUGCGUUUUCUCGGGCGAUGAUAAUUCACAACGCAUCGGAACACAUGGGCUUGACAGGUAUCAAGACAGUGGAAUUAGACGACACGGAGAAAAUUACGAAAUGCCUUCAUCUUCAUCUGACGUCAACGAUUGUCAUCACAUCACGAUUUAUAAAACAUUUUCUUCAAUGCAGUGAAAAAACUAUCGUGAAUAUCAGCGCCGUGGUAGCGAACCGUGCCAUUAGUACACUUGGCUUGUACGCUGCUGGGAAGGCAGGUAGAGAGAUUUUCUUUAAAACAAUGGCAGUAGAGGAUCCAAGCCUGAGAAUCCUGAACUUUGACCCCGGUGUCAUGACAACACAUAUGCUAGAAGACCAUUGGUCUAACUGCUGGGACGAUAAAUUCCUAACAUUUUCGAAAAAGAUGCAUGCCGAGGGACACAUGUUUAAACCAGACGAUGUUGCUGAAAAAUUGGUUAACUGCCUAAAUGCCGAUAGUUAUGAAAAUGGUGCCACUGUAUCUGUUAAAGAUUUGUAAACAAUUCUUAUAGACGCAGUACUUGUAUCAUGUUUAAUUACUAGUGUUAGUCGGGGAUUCCAAAACAUACACACGCCACGAUGCACGCAGAUUAACGCAGAGAGACAUACAUGUACAUGUUGUAUAACUCAGACUUUGUUACUCUAUAAUCGAUUAAUUAUAUAUGCCAGUAGGCUAUUUGUGAUUUUGUAAACAGUUCGUUACUUGUCUGUUUUAUACGUCAUGUGUCAGUGUGCGUGUACAUACUCGUCUUGUCAGCGAAAUAAAUGUAAAUAAAACAUUAACAUAACUUACAAGAUUCAUGUUCUAAACAUAUUUAAUGGCUUGAUGACCCCCUUCCCGGAUUUUGCACUAGCCCUGUAACGUCUGGAACGCAGAAUCGAUUCUGAGUUGGAGUAA